AUGUCGCCUACUAAACUCCUCGUCGUGCUCGGUGCCACCGGUAACCAAGGCGGAUCCGUUAUCAAGAGCUUCCUCGCAGACCCUACCUGGCGAAUCCGAGGUUUAACCCGGAAUGCCUCCAGUGCGAAAGCCCAAUCCCUCCAAGCACAGGGCGUUGAAGUUGUGCAAGCAGAGCUGGAUGACACCGCCUCUCUCGAAGCAGCGUUCCAAGGAGCAACGGCCAUCUUCAGCGUGACUGAUUUCUGGAACGCAUUCGCGACAAUUACCCAGAACAGCGAGAUUGAAGAUCAAGCGAAGAUCAGACGGACAUAUGAGUAUGAGCUACAGCAGGGAAAGAAUGUUUUCGAUGCUGCAAUCAAGGUAGAGACGUUGGAGAGGCUUGUUUUCUCUAGUCUGUCUGAUGCGUCGAAAUGGUCGAAGGGUAAGUAUACACGGGUGCUGCAUUUUGAAGCCAAGGCACACGCGGUUGAUUACGGGAGGAGGGCGUAUCCGGAGCUUUGGAAGAAGACUAGUGUUGUUCAGGUUGGGUGGUAUUUGUCGAAUUUUCUCGGUCCGUUUUUGAGACCAAAGAAGGCCGAGAAUGGAGUCUAUCAAUUUGUUGGUGGAUUGAAAGGAGACGUUAAACUUCCUAUUGCUGCUGCUGAAGAGGAUACUGGUUCAGCUGUGAAGGCUCUUGUUGCGUGCCCGCCGGGGAAGAAUCUGAUCGCUUAUCGGGAGUGGAUGACGCCGGAGGAGUUUGUUCGUACCUGGAGUCGUGUGCUUGGGGUUCCUGCUGAGUGUGUUACUCUGUCGGAAGGACAGUCUAUCGAGGGUGUGCCAGACAUUCUAAAGAGGGAAUUCAUCGAUAACUGGGGAUACUGGAAUGAGUUUGGCUAUGAGGGUCGUGAUGACCCUACUGUCGUUCAUCCAAACCAGCUUGAGGUUGGCUUCGAAGUGCCUACUGUCGGAGAUUGGAUUAGGAGGCAGGAUUGGUCGGAAAUUCUGUAG